AUGGACCUCCGGGAAUUGGAAUCUGUUCCCAAGACACUUGCAUCUCAAUUACCUACUCUUACAAAAUUCAUUCGAAUUGGAAUCGCUGACAAAAACGACAACCCUCCGUACUUUGAUAAGAGCCUCUACGAGGCCGAAGUAGAUGAAAAUGAAGAUAUUCAACACACAGUACUUACUGUUACCGCCAAAGAUCACGACGAGUCCUCGCGUAUUCGAUACGAGAUUACGAGCGGUAACAUAGGAGGAGCAUUUGCCGUGAAGAACAUGACUGGGGCCAUUUAUGUCGCUGGAGCGUUGGAUUACGAAACGAGGAAGAGGUACGAAUUAAAACUGACAGCGUCGGACAAUCUCCGUGAGAAUUACACGACAGUAGUAAUUCAUGUAAAAGAUGUUAAUGAUAAUCCUCCGGUAUUUGAGAGACCUACUUACCGAACUCAAAUCACCGAGGAAGAUGACAGAAAUUUGCCAAAGCGAGUUCUUCAGGUAAUGGCAACUGACGGUGAUAAAGACAGGCCUCAGAAUAUUGUUUACUUUUUAACGGGUCAAGGAAUAGAUCCCAAUAACCCGGCAAACAGUAAGUUCGAUAUCAAUCGGACCACCGGCGAAAUUUAUGUGCUCAAGCCGUUAGAUCGCGAUCAGCCAAACGGAAGACCCCAGUGGCGAUUCACGGUGUUUGCUCAGGACGAGGGCGGAGAAGGGCUUGUUGGGUACGCCGAUGUUCAGGUUAAUCUUAAAGACAUUAAUGAUAAUGCCCCGAUAUUUCCGCAAGGCGUCUAUCAUGGUAAUGUUACGGAAAAUGGAACUGCAGGAAUGCUGGUAAUGACGAUGACCGCGGUCGAUUACGACGACCCGAGCGAGGGAACAAACGCGAAACUUAUUUACUCGAUCGAGAAAAAUGUUAUCGAGGAGGAGACCGGCUCUCCAAUAUUUGAAAUUGAACCGGAUACUGGCGUUAUCAAGACCGCUGUUUGUUGUUUAGAUAGAGAGCGUACGCCAGAUUACUCGAUACAAAUAGUUGCGGUGGAUGGCGGCUCGUUAAAAGGCACGGGCACGGCCUCGAUACGAGUGAAAGACAUAAACGACAUGCCUCCGCAAUUCACUAAAGAAGAGUGGCUCACUGAAGUGGAUGAAACAGAUGGCACAAAUCUUCCGGAAAUGCCGAUUCUCACUGUCACCGUUCACGACGACGACGAAACCAACAAGUUCCAAUACAAGGUACUGGACGACAGCGGGUUUGGGGCUGAUAAAUUCACAAUGGUUCGCAACAACGAUGGAACUGGUUCAUUAAAAAUAGUCCAGCCAUUAGACUUUGAGAACCAGCUACAAAGUAAUGGAUUCAGAUUCAAAAUUCAAGUCAAUGACAAGGGCGAGGAUAACGACAACGACAAAUACCACGUCGCGUACUCCUGGGUGGUAGUUAAAUUGCGGGACAUAAACGACAACAAGCCCCAGUUCGAUAAGUCAAAUAUCGAAACGACGGUGCUCGAGAACGCAGAAGUCGGAAAUAGCCUGGAAACCUUCAAAGCGACGGACCCCGACCAGGGAGGGAACAGCAAGGUGUCUUACGCGAUUGACCGAAGUUCCGAUCGCAAGAGGCAGUUUCAUAUCAAUGAAAACGGCACUGUCACUAUACAAAGGAGCCUCGAUCGAGAAGAAACCCCGAGACAUCAAGUCAAAAUUCUUGCGAUCGAUGACGGAAUUCCCCCGAAAACAGCAACCGCUACGCUAACAGUGAUAGUCACGGACAUAAACGACAAUCCGCCGACUUUCUUAAAAGAUUACAGGCCCGUUUUGCCGGAGUAUGCAAUGCCGAGGAAGGUGAUUGAGAUAUUAGCGACCGAUGACGACGACAGGUCCAGGAGCAACGGGCCGCCUUUCACCUUCAGGAUGGACCCCAAUGCCGACGAUAUCAUUCGUGCGAGCUUCAAAGUCGAGAGUGAUAACAAGGGUGCUAAUGGGGACGGUAUGGCGAUUGUAUCAUCCCUGCGCUCAUUUGAUCGCGAGGUGCAGAAGGAAUAUCUAAUUCCUAUAAUAAUAAAGGAUUCCGGAACUCCGCUCAUGGCCGGUACGAGCACUCUUACUGUUGUAAUUGGCGAUGUUAAUGAUAACAAAAUGCAACCUGGCUCUAAGGAUAUCUUUGGACAAUCACCAGACACCGAAAUAGGUAGAGUUUACGUUUACGACCUGGACGACUGGGAUUUGCCGGACAAGAAGUUUUAUUGGGAGGGUUUAGAGCACGCCCAGUUCAAGCUCGACGAAGAUUCAGGGAUGAUAUCGAUGAAAUCCGGCACCCACGACGGAAAGUAUCAUUUACGAUUCAAAGUUUACGACCGUAAACAUACCCAGACUGACGUCCCGGCAAACGUAACCGUCACCGUAAAGACGAUACCGCACGAGGCAGUAAUGAAUUCCGGGUCAGUACGUCUGUCCGGGAUAUCCGAUGAAGACUUCAUCCGCGUGUGGGAUUACAAGAACCAGAGGCUAAUGCGGAGCAAAGCGGAUCUGUUCAAGGAUAAAUUGGCAUUGCUGCUGGACAUUGAGAGGGAAAACGUCGACGUAUUCAGCGUGCAGCAGCGCAGAAAAUACCCGCCACUGACAGACGUGAGGUUCGCGGCCCACGGGUCCCCCUACUAUAAAGCCGUCAGGCUAAAUGGAAUGGUCCUGAUGCACCGAGAAGAAAUCGAGAAAGAGAUCGGGAUAAAUAUCACGAUGGUCGGGAUUGACGAGUGUCUCUACGAAAACGAGGUCUGCGAGGGAAGCUGCACGAAUAUUCUCGACAUUAAUAAUCAGCCAUACAUGGUGAAUGCUAAUAAAACCGCCCUGGUCGGCGUCAGAGUUGACGUUAUUGCCCAGUGCACUUGCGGUGCCAGGAACUUUACCACCACCGAGUCGUGCCGGAACAGCCCUUGCUACAAUGGCGGACGGUGCAUCGAGGGCAGAUAUGGAUUAACAUGUCAAUGUCCAGCGGGCUACAAUGGACCUAGAUGUCAGCAAACGGCGCGGAGUUUCCGUGGCAACGGCUGGGCUUGGUACCCGGCGUUAGAAAUGUGCGACAACAGUCACCUUAGUUUUGAGUUUAUCACACGAAAGCCUGACGGUUUGUUACUGUACAAUGGCCCCAUUGUGAAACCAGAAUCCGACGAAGUUAUGGUUUCCGACUUUAUUUCCGUGGAGCUUGAGCGAGGUGUACCGCGACUGCUAAUCGACUUCGGAUCAGGAACCCUGGAACUAAAAGUAAAGACAAAGCGUCCAUUAGACGACGGAGAAUGGCAUCGAUUGGACAUUUUCUGGACGACAGAAACAGUAAAACUUAUCGUAGACUUCUGCAAGUCCGCGGAAAUAAGUGAGCAAGAAGACGGAACCCCUCCAACCCUCGACGGAACAUCGUGUCAGGCUACAGGAGCAGUUCCGCCGUUCAACGAGUACCUGAACGUGAACGCGCCUCUGCAAUUGGGCGGGUCCUACAUGGAACACUUUGAGCCGUCGCACUACAAGUGGAAGUCGCGGCCGAUGAACAAGGGCUUCGACGGCUGCAUCAGGAACUUGUUCCACAACAGCAAGCUUUACGAUCUCGCACACCCAGGUCUCUCGAAGCACAGCGUAGCGGGUUGUCCUCCGACGGACGAAAUCUGCGGGAACCAAGAGUCGACUUUGAGGUGUUGGGAACACGGAACGUGCGUAGGAAGCUUCACCGAAGCAAGGUGUCAAUGCAACCCCGGCUGGACCGGUCCAGGGUGCAUGACUCAGACGAUCCCGACCACUUUCAAGCAGCAGAGUUAUGUCAAGUACGCGCUAUCCUUCGAGCCAGACAAGUACUCGACCCAGAUUCAACUGAGAUUCAGGACCCGCGAGAACCACGGAGAGCUUUUCAGGGUUAGUGACCAGCACAAUAGAGAAUACGCAAUUCUGGAAAUCAAAGGCAGCAGACUGCAGUUCAGAUACAACUUGAACAGUCUGAGGGUUGAAGAAAGGGACAUCUGGUUGAGCGCCAUCACUGUUGAUGACGGGCAGUGGCAUACUGUGAGAGUCUCCAGGUACGGAUCCGCGGCGACUUUAGAGCUUGAUGGAGGUGAAGGACGACGAUUCAAUGAGACCUUCUCCUUCGAGGGUCAUCAGUGGCUACUUGUUGACAAGCAGGAGGGUGUUUAUGCGGGUGGAAAGGCCGAAUACACUGGAGUUAGGACCUUUGAGGUCUAUGCUGAUUAUCAGAAAGGAUGUUUGGAUGACAUAAGACUGGAAGGCAAGCACCUUCCCUUACCACCGGCGAUGAAUGGAACCCAAUGGGGACAGGCGACAAUGGCAAGGAAUUUAGAGCGUAUGUGUCCGUCUAAUAAGCCUUGUAACAACGUACUUUGUCCAGAACCGUUCGAGUGUAUUGAUCUCUGGAACGAACACGCUUGCACAUGCGGAGAGGGAAAAGUCAGAUCCCCCGAUGGCAAAGGGUGCACCGACAAGAACGAGUGCAUAGAUUACCCCUGUUUGAACGGCGGAAGGUGCAUUAAUCAAGACCCGAGACUCAGGUACAGGUGUAUUUGUCCCGACGGUUUUUGGGGUGAAAAUUGUGAGCUUGUUCAAGAAGGACAAACACUAAAGUUAAGCAUGGGCGCGCUUGCUGCGAUUCUCGUCUGUUUGUUAGUCAUUCUCGUGCUGGUGUUGGUAUUCGUGGUAAUUAAUAGAAGGAGGGAGGCUCACAUCAAAUACCCCGGACCAGAUGACGACGUCAGAGAGAAUAUUAUUAAUUAUGACGACGAAGGCGGCGGAGAAGACGAUAUGACGGCCUUUGACAUCACGCCGCUUCAAAUACCUAUCGGAGGUCCUAUUCCAGACAUGGGAGGCAAAUUACUAUCGUGUAAAGCUGCAUAUUCACUGGGACCAGAACCGAAUAUUGGAAUAUUCAUUGAAGACCACAAAAAACGGGCUGACAGCGAUCCAAACGCUCCGCCGUUUGACGAUUUACGAAAUUACGCGUAUGAAGGCGGUGGAAGUACUGCUGGAUCUUUGUCAUCGUUAGCUUCUGGAACCGACGACGAACAGCACGAGUACGAGUACUUGGGCGCCUGGGGCCCGAGGUUCGACAAACUAGCGGAUAUGUACGGCCCGGCGGACGAGAGUGAGGAGGAAGAAUAA